AUGGAACAGCUCAGCUUAGACCUGGCAAAAAUAUUUACGACAAAGAUGGAAAAUUAUAGAGAUGACCGCAGCUCAACCGCGAAGGACUCGGACACCGAGUCCAUCUCGUUGGAGAAGGAUGGCCUUUUGGGUACAGCUCCGAGGUCAAGCAAAUUGAAGAUUUUUUCCUCUCGCGUGUAUCCUCUUUUGAUCGCUAUUAUGGCCAUUGGCAAUGUGGUAAUUGGUGUUCUUCUCGUCCUUCAAUUUCAAAGUAGCCACCAAAAGGCAACGCCUCAUCACCACGAGAAAAAGCCAACUCCAGUUCCAAUUGGGGGGCUUCCUCACGUUGAAUCGCAUCCAGACUGGCUACCUCCAGAAGAUUGGCGCACAGAGGUAUUCCGUCUCCAUCAAAUCUAUGGAGAGGAGCCGGUUGGCACCGCUAAAGAGGCAUGGCUAUCUCUGAUCCCGAAGGGUAAAGGAUUCAUUGUCGUUAAAAAUGACACUGAGCUCCCUAACAUGCCCGGCCUUCGCCAUCCGGAGCAAGAGCAACAUGCAUGUGUGGCAAUAUUCCAUCAAUUGCACUGCCUGUACAUCACCUACGCCGCGUAUUGGAACGCCCGUGCUGGGAAUUUUGAUGAAAUUCCGCCGGAGCACCUCAUCCACUGCUGGGAUUAUCUCAGACAAAGUAUACAGUGUGCUGGCGAUACAUCCUUGGAAUGGGUUCAUGAGCUAGAUGAUCCUCCGAAUCAGACGUCUGGGUGGGGGUUCCAGCAUACUUGCAAGAACUUUGAUGCCAUCUUCGAGUGGACUGAGGCCCACAGGUUCACUGAAAAGAUACAAAUCGAUUAA